AUGAUCGAUGGAACUUUUGAGUGCAGUGACGUGAAUUCAGAUAUGUUGGAUGAAGGAUUAGCACCUAAUAUGAUUACCGUAAGUGAAGCUGAACUACGAGAACAAUCCAUUUCAAAAGCUAAAGAAACACCAAAUGUUGAGGAGUCAGCUUCAGAGAGAUUCACAAGUCUUGAGAAAGUACCAUCUGCAGCAAAUAGUACACUCGGCGAUGCACUUCCGGAAACAGAAGAAUUAGACGCUGAGAGAUGCGUUACAAAUGCUGGCGCAGUUGGCCAAAAACCAAGUUCACGUGUGCAAAUACGAAAUAUUCCACCUUAUUUGAAAUACAAACAAGUCAAGGAACUCCUUUCGAAGCAAUUGAACAAGUCCGUUGUGAAAAACAUUCGACAUACGGGCAUAACAGUGUUUUUUUCACUACCAACUCCGAACGAAGCUGCUGCUGCAGUGCAAAUUUUUGAUGGUUUUAAAAUGAAAGGUCGAAUUUUGCAAGCCAGAAUAGCACAACCGGAACAACUAAAAGCUAAACCGCUAAGCAACGACCAAAUAAAGCGUACAGCACGCGAACGUGUAACGCCACUGGCUGACAUACCAUACAGUGAACAACUCGAAAUUAAAAUGAAAGAUGUUAAACGAAUUGCGAUGAAUUUUUUGAAAGAGAUGAUUGUUGCUCAUGUAAAUGGUGCCAACAGAAUCGACAUUGAAUCGUUAAUUGAAUCUAUUCGUCCUUCACCUCGUAUUACUGGAUAUCGAAAUAAAUGCGAAUUUACAAUUGGUCAUAAUAUAGAUGGUCAUAUUUGUGUUGGUUUUGUUGGCGGCCGAUUUGCGGCUAAUGAACAUUUUGUAGUACCUGUGGACACAUGUGACAACAUAUCAGCCCAUAUGAAACGAAUUGUGGGAGCGUUCGAAAAAUUGGUUUUGGAAAGUGGUGAAUCACCAUUCAAUGAGUUUGAAAGGAAGGGUGUAUGGAAAAUGCUUUCCAUUCGUGAAUUUGGUUCUGAUGUAAUGAUGAUUGUAACGAUAUUUCCUAUGGAGGACAAAGAGAGCGAAAAUGCUUUGAAAAAACUUGUGGAAGAACGAUUUCUUCAGCUUGGUAAUCUCUCUGAUGAAAAUAGUUUUUUCCGCAUUACUUCAUUGUAUUGGCAGCGGUUAGCGAAUGCUAGUGAUCCGGUUAUCUAUGAGCACAUUGCAGGUGCUCCUUACAUUUAUGAGAUAAUUUUGGAUGCCCGGUUUCGAGUUUCCCCUUCAUCGUUUUUCCAAACAAACUCUGCUUGUGCCGCAAUACUGUAUAAAACAAUUGCUGAAAAGUGCGGUUUAUGUAAUGUGGAUAAUGCAGCUGCCCAGGAAGCAAUCAAUGCUGAUAUAGUUACUGCAGUUUUUGAAAAAGAUCUCGAAGAAUUUGCAUACGAAAAUAUCGACGGACCAAAAACGAAAAUAAGAAAGCUUGAGAAGGUAGACACUUUUGAGCAGCAGGCAACUUUGAUCUUAGAUAUUUGCUGUGGCACUGGAACGAUCGGAAUUAGUUUAAUGAAAUUAGCAAAAACCGUUAGUCGUAAAUUUUUAGUAGGCAUUGAAAUUAUCCCGGAAGCUGUUGAAGACGCAACAAUAAAUGCAAUUGAUAAUAACUUACCAUCGGACAGCUACAAGUUUGUGGUCGGUAAAGCGGAAAAUAUUUUCUUUCGUUUGGAACGGCUAUUACCAUCAUGGAUUGAUUUGAAAACAGUAAAUAUAAUAGGUGUAAUAGAUCCUCCACGAGCUGGUAUUCACGAAAAAGUAGUUAUUGGAUGUCGGGCACUUACACAGCUGAAAAAAAUUGCCUUUGUCUCGUGCAACCCGUCUUUGGCUAUGAAAAACAUGGUUGAUCUCUGUCGGCCGACAUCCAAGAAAUUCGCAGGUGAACCAUUCAAGCUGACUUCUAUUACACCAGUUGACAUGUUUCCGCAAACAUCUCAUUGUGAAUGGGUUGUACAAUUCGAGAGAUAG